CAUAAGAGCUACUGCUGGUGUGUCUGUUUUCAUGCAUAAUGGAGCUCAAGGGCCCAGAGACCCAGGGGCCGUGCAUAUCCCCGAUCCUCAUCCACUCCAGAUCCUCCCCACUGCGGAUCACCGGGUUCAGGUUUUACCUCCCGCCCGGCUUGUGAGCCUUCCCACAGCAAAGAUGGCGGGCGGACGGCGCUGAGUCUUUACCGGAAUCUGCUUUACUACUUCGGCUUCAUUUAUCAAGUUCUCUCCCCCCCCCUCCCCGUUAGUUUAUAGAAACCGGGAGUUUGAGAACAAACACCGAACGAGGACGCGUCGUAGAUGGCGCAGUGACUGUUCCCGCGGGCGGUGAUUGUGAGACUGGAUCGUUUUCUCUCGGUUGUGUAUUGUGGUUGUAAAAUGGCUCCGGUGCAGCUCGGGUCAGACGGGAUCAGAUCAGACCUCCUCCCGCUCGGGGGUCCCAACGCCGCGGGGCCGCAGCCGCCUCCGCCCGGGGCCCCGGCCACGCAGGGGGUUCGACUCAGCCUGCUGAUCGAGUUCCUUCUCCAGAGGACUUACCAUGAGAUUACCCUGCUGGCCGAGCUACUUCCCAGAAAACCAGACAUGGAAAGGAAAAUUGAGAUUGUCCAGUUUGCCAGUCGCACCAGACAGCUCUUUGUGCGUCUCUUGGCCCUGGUGAAGUGGGCAAGCAAUGCAGGGAAAGUUGAAAAGUGUGCGAUGAUUUCCAGCUUCCUGGACCAGCAGGCCUUCUUGUUUGUGGACACUGCUGACAGGUUGGCAUCACUGGCUAGAGAUGCCCUGGUACAUGCCCGUUUACCCAGUUUUGCGAUCCCCUUUGCCAUUGACGUGCUCACCACAGGGUCCUACCCACGCCUGCCCACGUGCAUCCGAGAUAAAAUCAUUCCUCCAGACCCCAUCACUAAGGUUGAGAAGCAGACUACCCUGAACCAACUCAAUCAGAUUCUACGGCACCGCCUUGUUACCACAGACCUGCCCCCUCAGCUUGCCAACCUCACAGUAGCCAACGGGCGUGUGAAGUUCCGUGUGGAGGGAGAGUUCGAAGCCACCCUCACAGUGAUGGGAGAUGAUCCUGAUAUUCCUUGGCGGCUGCUGAAGCUGGAAAUUCUGGUGGAGGACAAAGAGACCGGAGAUGGCCGAGCCCUGGUUCACAGCAUACAGGUAAACUUCAUCCAUGAGUUGGUUCAGGCCCGGCUCUUUGCAGAUGAGAAGCCCCUACAGGACAUGUACAACUGUUUGCACUCUUUCUGUUUAUCGCUGCAGCUGGAGGUGCUCCACUCCCAGACUCUGAUGCUGAUCAGAGAGCGUUGGGGGGACUUGGUGCAGGUGGAGCGAUACCUGCCUGCCAAAUAUCUCACACUUGCUGUCUGGAAUCAACAAGUCUUGGGCCGGAAAACAGGCACUGCAUCUGUACACAAAGUCACCAUCAAAAUUGACGAAUCUGAUGGCUCAAAGCCGUUACAAAUUUCCCAUGAACCUCCACUCCCUGCGUGUGACUCUAAACUAAUGGAGAGAGCCAUGAAGAUCGACCACUUAUCAGUGGAGAAACUUUUGAUCGACAGUGUACAUGCCCGCUCCCAUCAGAAGCUCCAGGAACUGAAGGCCAUUCUAAAAGCCAGCAACCCCAGUGAAAACUCGUUCAUUGAGACGGCUUUACCAACUCUGGUUAUUCCGAUACUGGAGCCAUGCGGUCGCUCAGAGUGCCUGCACAUUUUCGUAGAUCUGCACUCUGGGAUGUUCCAGCCCAUGUUGUAUGGAAUCGAUCAGUCCAUGUUGGAUGACAUAGAGAAGACCAUCAAUGAUGAUAUGAAGCGCAUCAUAUCCUGGCUACAGCAGUUAAAGUUCUGGUUAGGUGAGCAGCGCUGUCGGCAGUCAGUGAAGCACCUUCCCACUGUGUGCACUGACGUCCUCCACCUCUCCAACUCGGCUUCUCACCCCGCUGGCAGCUUAUCGAAACACAGACUUUUCAUUAAGCUCACACGGCUACCACAGUACUAUAUUGUGGUGGAGAUGCUGGAGGUUCCUGUCUCUCCUACAGAGCUUCAGUAUAAGUACUCCUUCCUGUCUGUGUCUCAGCUGGAGGGGGAGGACGGACCUCCAUGUGCACAACUCUUACAGCACUUCAAGCCCAAUCUGGAGCAACUUGUCCAGGAUGCCACGACAGGCAAAGGGGCCCGUCCUGGAACUAAGAGAAAGUUGUCGGGGGACCAGGGGGCAUUGGAGCCAAAAAAGCCCAGGCGCUCUGGUGAGAUGUGUGCCUUCAACAAAGAGCUGGCUCACCUAGUGGCCAUGUGUGACACCAACAUGCCCUUCAUUGGCCUCAGAGCAGAGCUGUCCAACAUGGAGAUCCCUACCCAGGGCGUCCAGGUGGAGGGCGACUGCUGCAGUCAUGCCAUACGCCUCCUCAAAAUUCCUCCCUGUAAAGGUGUGGGGGAGGAGAGCAGGAGAGCUCUGGAACGCUCCCUGUUGGACUGCACCUUCCGUCUGCAGGGCAGGAACAACCGCACCUGGGUGGCUGAGCUGGUGCUGACUAGCUGCCCGCUGAAUAGCACACACAGCAAGGAUCAAGCUUCCACACGUCACGUCUAUCUGACCUAUGAGAACCCUCUGUCAGAGCCAGUGGGAGGGAGAAAAGUGGUGGAGAUGUUUCUCAAUGACUGGAACUCCAUAAGCCAGCUUUACCAGUGUGUCCUUGAAUUUUCACGUGCACUACCAGAGAUGCCAUCAUACCUGAGCCUGUUCUCAGAGAUCCGGCUGUAUAACUACCGUAAGCUGGUGCUCUGCUACGGCAGCACAAAGGGCAGCUCGGUCACCAUCCAGUGGAACUCCUCUGCCCAGAGAUUCCACCUCGCUCUGGGCACGGUGGGACCAAACUCUGGCUGCUCCAACUGCCACAACAUCAUCCUCCACCAGCUGCAGGAGAUGUUCAACAAGAACCCAAACGUUGUACAGCUGCUGCAGGUGCUGUCGGACACGCAAGCACCCCUGAACGCCAUCAACAAGCUCCCCACAGUGCCCAUGCUGGGUCUGACCCAGCGCACCAACACCGCUUACCAGUGCUUCUCCAUUCUGCCCCAGUCGCCCACACACAUUCGCCUGGCCUUCCGCAACAUGUACUGCAUAGACAUCUACUGCCGGAGCCGAGGGGUGGUGGCUGUCCGAGACGGUGCCUAUAGCCUCUUUGACAACACCAAGAUUGUGGAGGGAUUCUACCCUGCUCCGGGGCUUAAGACUUUCCUCAACAUGUUUGUGGACAGCAAUCAAGACGCCCGCAGGCGCUCUGUCAACGAAGAUGACAACCCGCCCUCGCCGGUAGGAGUGGACGUGAUGGACAAUCUGAUGAACCAACUGCAGGCCCAGCAACAGCCAAUGAGAGGAGGUGCAGGGGGCGUUUACCCUCCCCUUACCUCACCACCUACCCCUUAUCAUGCAAACGUAGCCCCGUCUCCAUCCAUGAUGCCCACCCAGUCUCCGGGGACCAUCCAUGCCUCCAGCUCCCCUAGUGGGGCUCUGAGGGCCCCCUCUCCCUUUGGGCCCACCCCGUCUCCCUCCUCUCUGGGGAUAGCCAUCGGCCAGACCAGUUUUGCCAGCCCCCACGGUGCUCUGGACCCGAGUUCUCCAUAUGCCAUGGUGUCUCCCAGUCAGAGGGGCCAGUGGCCAGGCUCCCCCCAGGUGUCCGGGCCUUCUCCUGGUGCGCGGAUCCAUGGCAUGUCCCCAGGAAACCCCUCCCUGCAUUCGCCAAUCCCCGACCCUCAUUCACCACGUGCCGGAACCAGCUCCCAGGUCAUGCCCAGCAGUAUGCCUCCACCCCGUAAACUACCUCAGCGCCCCUGGGCCGCUUCCAUCCCUACUAUUCUUACCCACAAUGCCUUGCACGUGCUUCUACUGCCCUCGCCCACACCCUGCCUGGUGCCAGGCCUGGCAGGAAGCUACCUCUGUUCCCCGCUGGAGCGCUUCCUGGGCUCGGUCAUCAUGAGACGUCACCUGCAGAGGAUCAUCCAGCAGGAGCCCAAUCUGUCCAUUGUGAAUUCCAACGAGCCGGGGGUGAUCAUGUUUAAAACGGAGGUGCUGAAGUGUCGCGUGGCUCUCAACCCAAAGAACUACCAGACGCUGCAGCUGAAGGUCACCCCAGAGAACGCCGGGCCCUGGUCUCAGGAGGAGCUGCAGGUUCUGGAGAAGUUCUUUGAGACCCGGGUGGCUGGCCCUCCUUUCAAAUACAACACUCUGAAUGCUUUCACUAAGCUACUGGGGGCUCCCACCAACAUCCUCAGGGACUGUGUGCGCAUCAUGAAGCUCGAGCUGUUCCCUGACCAGGCUGGCCAGCUGAAGUGGAACGUUCAGUUCUGUUUGACCAUUCCUCCCAGUGCACCUCCUAUCGCUCCUCCUGGAACCAUCGCUGUGGUGCUCAAGUCCAAGAUGCUGUUCUUCCUCCAGCUGACCCAGCGGAUCCCCGUGCCCCAGGAGCCGGUGAACAUCAUCGUACCCAUUGUGUACGACAUGGCCACAGGCCUCACACAGCAGGCCGACAUCCCCAGACAGCACAGCUCGUCCGGGGCCGCAGCGCUCAUGGUCUCCAACAUCCUGAAGAGGUUCAACGAGCUGCACCCCGCCAGACAAGGCGAGUGUACGAUAUUUGCUUCGGUUCAUGAACUGAUGGCCAGCCUUACUCUGCCCCCUGGUGGUCGUCAGUAGGAACAUGAGCUUGUUUGCUGUUCCGGAGCGUGGCUGAUCGAGACUGAAGUCAAACGCAGCGCAGACAGAGAAGAAAAAAGUGGUUCCAAGAUGUCAAAAUGCAACAUAUCAGUUUGAUGGACAGUUCCAGUUGUGAAAGGGCGUGGAUCACACAGGAUAGUGAAUCCCGGAGUGGAUCACACAGGAUAGUGAAUCCCGGAGUGGAUCACACAGGAUAGAGAAUCCCGGAGUGGAUCACACAGGAUAGUGAAUCCCGGUGUUUGUCCCUGGCAAAGUUUAAUGUGUGAAUUACUCAUCUGUCGUCAUAGAGGUGUUCCUUGGAAGAGUCAGGCAUUUGAUGCAAAACAGUUUUUUUCCCCUACAGUUGCGUGCACUUUUCAGCAAAGGAUUAUCUAACUGAAAUUCUGGUGGUUUACCAAACAUGUACAUGGUUGUAUAUUUGAGUGUGGCAAAGAAAUCUACACAGGUGGGUUAGAUUUUUGCUAGAGAUUGUCUUCACGUUCUUUUUUUUUUUUUUUUUAUAAAGGCAGAUUGAUACUGUUAAGGUAUUGGAGAUAUAUUCUUUCCUAGCGCACUAUUUAAAUGUCUUCUUCAUUUUGCUAUGUCAAGACCUCAACCUUUUUAGUUUGAGCUGUCACUUUGAAUACUGUUGAACUGUGACAAACUUUAUAUUGCCAGCUGUAUUUUAGUAAGACUGCUUUUGAGUCCUGAAUGAAGAAUCUCAGACCUCUUGUCUGUGUUUGAUUACUAUUUAAUAAACCG